AUGUCAUUAAAAAGAGCAAGUGUUGUCUUCAAUAUUCCGAGAACAACCAUACAGUCACGAUUAAAUCGUCAAGGGCUCAAUAAAGUUAGGAACUUAGGCAGAUUUAAACCCGUGUUCACUCCACAAAUGGAAAUAGAAUUGCGUGAACAUAUAAUACAGUUAGAAAAACUUUUUUAUGGAUUAUCAACGACAGAUCUUCGACGAAUGGCUUUUCAAUUUGCUGAAGCAAAUCAAAUAAAUCAUCCAUUCAAUAAAGAUCGGAAACUCGCCGGAAAGGACUGGCUGAUAUCAUUUUUAAAACGUCAAGGAAAUCUAUCAAUUCGAAGACCUGAGGCAACGAGUAUCGCAAGAGUGACAGGGUUUUCAAAGAACAAAGUCAAUGAGUUUUUUAGACAUUUAAAAGAUGUUUUGGACAAAAAUAUUUUUCCUCCGCAUCGUAUAUACAACUGUGAUGAGACAGGGAUUACCUGCGUUCAAAAACCAGGAAAAAUAUUAGCUAAAAAAGGAAGAAACCAAGUGGGAAGAUUAACUUCAUUGGAAAGAGGAAAAAAUACAACUUUAUUAGCUAGCGUCAGUGCUACGGGCACAUUUAUUCCACCAUUCAUGGUCUUCCCUCGUGUACGAAUGAAUCCAAGUUUGUUGGGUGCUGCAUUUCCUGGAACAGUGGGAUUCUCUGCUCCAUCAGGAUGGAUGGAUGCUGGCUUAUUUGUUAAAUUUUUACAACAUUUUAUAGACUGUACAAAAACAACCAAAGAGUCUCCAAGUCUACUGAUACUAGACGGUCAUUCAAGCCAUAAGUCCAUUGAGGCAAUAAAUCUGGCUAGGAAUUCUGGAAUCACUAUGUUGACCUUACCACCUCACACUUCGAAUAAGUUACAAACUCUUGAUGUUAGCGUAUUUGCACCGUUCAAAACCUACCUUGCAAAAGAAAUGGAUCAUUGGCUCACAAAUCACCCUGGGUGUAGAAGUACAGAAUAUGACAUGGCUCCUAUGAUUAAAAAUGCCCUUUGUAAGGCAUUUACACCAAUAAAUAUUAUCAAGGGUUUUGAGAAAACGGGAAUUUAUCCUUAUAAUCCGGAUGUGUUCCAAGAGAGCGACUUUGAAGCGGCUGAAAAUAUUCUUCAAAAAAAAUCCAAUGAAGAAAGCGAGGCGGCCGAUAAUAUUCUUCAAGAAGAAUCCAUUAACUCAAAAAGAGCGUCUGUUGAGAUCACUCUUCGAAAGAACUCCAAUCCGGAAAGUGUCAAUUUCUCAAUCAUGUCCAAAAACUUAGCUAAGUCUGAUGCACCUAACCCAGAAUCGCCUGCUGAUGACAUCCGGACAGAUACUAAAGUUUUACCGGUUAAUUUAGAGUUAGAACAACCGUCAUGCAGUCAUAUUCUUAUUUCAUCUAUAAGUCCAAUCCCAAAACCAUCUCAAGGGAACAAAAACACCAAAACGAAAUCCAGGAAAACAGAAGGAUCCACAAUAAUAACAAAUUCACCUUUCAAAGAUCAGCUUGAGGAGAAAUUAAAAACAGUAAAAACUAAAUCAGUCAAGAAAAACUUUGGGAAGGCAAGGCCAAGUUUGUGUAAUAUAAAAAUAAAAAAUAGAGGAACUUUGGAGGAAAAGGAAAAAGGUUCAUUAGCAAAAACAAUGUCGGAGGAAGAGAAAAACACAAUAUGCGUUUACUGCCAUGAGAUAUAUGGAGAUACUUGCCACGAAGAAUGGAUCAUGUGCACAAAAUGUGGUGCCUGGAUGCACGAGGAGUGUUCGGAUAACGAAACGGGUGCUGAUAACCAUAUAUGUGACAAUUGCCGUUGA